UCCUGUUAGUGCAAUCAAAACAAACACUAUAGCAAUACAGAAUGUUUGUGAAAAUAAUAUCUGUGUUGCAAUGACGUAGUGGGAGGAUACUAGACGAUGUUUAUUUCCAACUAUUGCCAUUGUGCAUAGUCCUUAAUAGUAUUCAUUAGCAAUGAGGUCUCUGCUUGUUCAGAGUUUUUCAUCACCUUGCCAGCAAGUAAUGGGAAUAGGAAGGAAUAGGAAACUCUUGAUGGAAAGACUUGUCUUCCCUGCAAGUUGUAUACGGGCAGUAUGUCUACAUACAAAUGUCUCUCGAGUUCUGAUUACAGGUGCUUUGGGACAGCUUGGGUUUGGUUUAGCAAGAAUUUUAAGAGAUCAACUUGGUCAUCACAACGUAGUCAUGUCAGACAUUCAUAAAGCCAGCGAAUGUGUUAGAGAUUCAGGUCCAUAUGUCUAUUUGAAUGUCCAGGACCAAGGUUUACUAGCCAGGACUUGCGUGGAGCAGGACAUAGGCUGUAUAGUCCACUACAGCGCCAUACUAAGUGCUGACGCUGAGGCCAACACUCAGCGGGCUUUGGACAUUAAUAUCAUAGGACUUCACAACGUACUGGAAGUGUCCAGACAGCUCAACUUAAAGCUAUUUGUACCCAGUACAAUAGGUUCAUUUGGUCCAGAGUCACCCAGAAACCCAACGCCAGACCUUGCUGUACAGAGACCAAAGUCUUUGUAUGGGAUCUGUAAAAUUCACGCCGAGCUGAUGGGAGAGUACUACCAUACAAAGUUCGGACUUGACUUUCGCUGCCUCAGAUACCCUGGAGUCAUAUCAGAACACAAGCCAGGAGGCGGUACUACUGACUACGCAUUGAAGAUGUUCCACGACGCAGUUACCAAUCAAGUCAACAUUUGCUGCCUGAAGCUAGACACAAGACUUCCAAUGAUCUACAUUGAUGACUUACAUCACGCUACUGCUCAAUACUUGCAGAUGCCAAACAACUUACUAAAGAAGAGAACUUACAAUAUUGGAGCCCUGGACUUCAGCCCCGAAGAACUGGCUCUAGAAAUACAGAAAGAGAAUCCAUCCUUUCAAGUGACUUACAAACCUGACUACAGACAACGUAUAGCGGAAACCUGGCCAGAAAAGUUAGACUUUAGUAACGCCAUGAACGACUGGGGCUACCGACCAAAGUACACUCUGGAAACGGCAUGCCAGAAAAUACUCCGCUCACUGAAGUCAAAACUAAAUGACCCUUAAUGUUCCAUCGCUUUAAUAAUCAAUACACACAAUUUUUUGUGGAAGUGCAAAAGAGACGCUGCUAGGCAAUGUUGAAAAA